CUGACCGGACUUGCGCGGUGUACGACAGAGCGCGAGCGCCAGCGGCACACAGUAACCGUAGGAGAAGAGCGUACGGGGCACGAGCAGGAGUGUGACCGGGUUGUGGCAUGAAUCAGAGAUAUGAAGCGCGGUGAGCUGCUGAACCGAAGCUCGUCUUGACUCGGGCGGCUCGGAGAUGCGGAGCCUUCGGUUUUCAGCUCAUUCGUGUUAUUUGUGUUAUUUGACUGUUUGCUUAACUCGGUGUCCUGGAUCUUUCAGUCACACCCCGUGUGUGUUCAGACCAAGCAGCUACCCUCAGCUCCGUAAACAGGGUUAAAUGCUGGACCUGGCUGAGGAAAGCAGCACCACAAACCCACCAGGAAGCCAAGCAGGAUGUCUUGGGUCAGUGGCUUUUUAGUCACACGUGCGGACGAGCACAAGACGGCGUGGGGCGAGCGCAAUGGGCGUAAGCGGUGGCGAAAAAGGGACUGGCGCCAGCGCUACAUGAGCUGCCUGGCUGACCCCGAAGCCGUUGAAGUGCCGCCCCACGCGGGAGCCGCUGCCGCUGCUAGUACCUUUAGCACACGCUGUGUCUGGCAAGAGGACCACUACGGGAAGAAAGGAGAGCUAGCCAUCGAGGAUGGUGAAUCCAAGAGGAUGAAGGAAGACGAGGAGGACGAGAAGGAAGAGGACAGGGAAGUGGGCGCGGCCGUUUUAGGGUGCCUGUGGCAGCUCGCGCACGUUUUCCAGUCCAAGCAGUUUGAGUCAGCCAAACUGGAGCGCCUGUACCAGCGCUAUUUCUUCCGGUUGAACCAGAGCUCUCUGACCAUGCUCAUGGGCGUGCUUGUGCUCGUGUGUGGCCUCAUGCUGACAUUUUACUGUGUGUACAGGACUCAGGACAUAUAUGUCAGCUACGUGUCCGUACUUUGUGUAGCAAUGGCACUCUUCCUGGCCAUGAUGGUGGUGUGUAACCGCACCGGCUUCCACCAGGACUGCAUGUGGAUAGUGAGCUACCUAGUGGUGGUGGUCCUGGUGGUGGUGCAGGCGUUCGGCGUCUUCAUGGUGGAACCACGCAGUGCCUCCGAUGGCGUCUGGACUUCAGUGUUCUUCGUCUAUAUCAUCUACACGCUGCUGCCCGUGCGCAUGACAGCGGCGGUGCUGUGCGGAGUGGCGCUCUCUUCCAUCCACCUGAUCACAGCCUGGAAACUCAACCAGGAGGACAGCUUCCUCUGGAAGCAGUUAUGUGCAAAUGGACUGAUUUUCCUGUGCACCAACAUUAUUGGGAUUUGUACACACUACCCAUCUGAGGUGUCCCAGAGACAAGCCUUUAAAGAGACCAGAGGCUACAUCCAGGCCCGAAUCCACCUCCAGAGAGAGAACCAGCAACAGGAGCGCCUUCUGCUUUCGGUGCUGCCCCGACAUGUUGCCAUGGAGAUGAAGGAAAAUAUUAACGCCAAGAAGGAAGAUAUGAUGUUCCACAAGAUCUACAUACAGAAACACGACAACGUCAGCAUCCUCUUUGCAGACAUCGAAGGCUUCACGAGUUUGGCAUCGCAGUGCACAGCGCAGGAGCUGGUGAUGACACUUAAUGAACUGUUUGCUCGUUUUGACAAAUUAGCCUGGGAGAACCACUGUCUUAGGAUAAAGAUCCUGGGCGAUUGUUACUACUGCGUGUCUGGCUUGCCUGAGCCGAGAGCAGAUCACGCUCACUGCUGUGUCGAGAUGGGCGUGGACAUGAUCGAGGCCAUCUCUUUGGUGAGAGAAAUCACUGGGGUCAACGUGAACAUGCGGGUGGGGAUCCACAGCGGGCGUGUGCACUGCGGGGUUCUGGGACUGCGCAAGUGGCAGUUUGAUGUCUGGUCCAAUGACGUCACACUGGCCAACCAGAUGGAGGCUGGAGGCAAAGCAGGACGUAUCCACAUCACUAAAGCUACACUGCAGUAUUUGAACGGAGACUACGAGGUGGAGCCAGGCUUCGGUGGAGAGAGGAACGCCUACCUCAAAGACAACGAUAUCGAAACCUUCCUGGUGCUCGGCUGCAGCCAGAAAAGGAAGGAAGAAAAAGCUAUGAUGGCUAAGCUGCAGCGUGCCAGAGCCAACUCAUCUGAUGGGUUAAUGCCUCGCUGGGUUCCUGACAGAUCCUUCUCCAGGACCAAAGACUCCAAAGUUUUCAGGCAGAUGGGCAUUGAUGAAGCCUCAAGCAAAGACAACCGAAGUGCUCAGGAGGCCCUGAACCCCGAGGAUGAGGUAGACGAGUUUUUGGGACGUGCCAUCGACGCUCGCAGCAUCGAUCAGCUACGCAAGGAUCACGUCAAAAAGUUCCUGCUCAGGUUUCAGACACCGGUGCUAGAAAAAAAGUACUCUAAGAAGGUGGACGAUCGAUUCGGGGGUUAUGUGGCCUGUACCCUGGUGGUGUUUUGUUUCAUCUGCUUUAUUCAGAUCACUGUUUUUCCACACACGACACUUAUGCUUGGCAUCUUCAUCAGUAUCUUUAUAAUCCUUGCCAACAUCCUCUUCGUAUGUGCCAUCUACUCCUGUAUUAAGCUCUUCCCCGUGGUCUUGCAAACAGUGUCAAAGAAGAUAGUCGAGUCUCGCACUAACAGCACGCUGGUAGGAAUCUUCACCGUCCUGCUUCUGUAUCUCUCAGCGUUUGCCAACAUGUUUACAUGUGAGAAAGAGGACCUGAUCCAGUGUGUAGCACAGGACCGGAACAUCAGCGAUAGCGCCGUGACACUGUGUUUCCUGCACAACCUGACCCACACAGCAGACGACACUCUGACACUCUGCAACAACCACAAAGUAGCGUGUCCUUUCCCUGAGUAUUUCACCUACAGUGUGCUGCUGACUCUGCUGGCCUGCUCUGUCUUUCUGCACAUCAGCAGUAUAGGCAAGCUGGCAUUAAUGCUGCUCAUUCAGCUCAGCUUCCUGCUGCUGGUCGAGUGGCCUCUCGUGGUGCUGUUCGAUAACGCCGACCUGCUGGUGUCCGCCAACGCACUGUCUGGUUUCAAUAAAACAGAGGCUUGCUCUGAGCCGAACUCACACAAGGUGCCGCUGAAGAUGAUGACACCAGUAAUCCUCACCGUAUUUGUGCUGGCGCUGUAUCUGCACGCACAGCAGGUCGAAUCCACCGCACGCCUCGACUUCCUGUGGAAACUGCAGGCUACAGAAGAGAAAGAGGAGAUGGAGGAGCUGCAAGCCUACAACCGUCGUCUCCUUCAUAACAUCCUGCCGAAAGAUGUGGCUGCCCACUUCCUGGCUCGAGAGCGCCGCAACGAUGAGCUUUACUACCAGUCAUGUGAGUGCGUGGCUGUGAUGUUCGCCUCGAUCAGUAACUUCUCCGAGUUCUACACGGAGCUGGAGGCCAAUAACGAAGGUGUGGAGUGCUUGAGACUGCUCAACGAGAUCAUCGCCGACUUUGAUGAGAUCAUCAGUGAAGAUCAGUUCAAGCAGCUAGAGAAGAUCAAAACGAUAGGGAGCACGUAUAUGGCGGCAUCGGGCCUGAACGACUCGACGUUCGACAGAGAGGGCCGCUCACACAUCCUGGCACUAGCUGACUACGCUAUGAGGCUACGGGAGCAGAUGAAGUACAUCAACGAACACUCGUUUAACAACUUCCAAAUGAAGAUUGGGUUAAACAUCGGGCCCGUGGUCGCUGGAGUGAUCGGAGCUAGAAAGCCGCAGUACGACAUCUGGGGAAACACGGUCAACGUGGCGAGUCGCAUGGACAGUACGGGAGUACCUGAUCGCAUCCAGGUGACCACUGAUCUGUACCACGUGUUAGCCAGCAAAGGCUACCAGCUGGAGUGCCGUGGCCUCGUCAAAGUCAAGGGGAAAGGAGACAUGACCACUUACUUUCUCAACAGUGGACCUUCAAGCAGUUAACACUGACCACACGCCUCCAGUUGCACUGAAGCGAAGAGACGGAACUCUGAACAGAACGUCAGACGCACUUUUUUUUUUUUUUUUUUUUUAACCAGUUUUGGAGUAUAACCACUGAAGGGCUCGCAGCUGAGUCACGUAACGGAGGUGUUCAACACAUGCACACACUGAGAACCUGUUCUCAUUCUUAGCUGCUCUCUCAGACCGUCUGAACCAGUGAGCUGUCUAAGAGCCGUGGCCUUAGAUGGAAUUGAGAAGGAUUGCAUUUAAAUUCUUUUUUUUUGUUUUGUUUUUGGACCGAUUUUUAAAGAAAAACUUUAACGACAAAAAAAAAUAAAAAAAAAUGCACAAACACACAUAUAUGCAAGGAUGAAGUAAGAAUGCAAAUGACCAAAGAACACAAAUGUUAGAUAUAGGAACACUACAUAUGUUUCAUAUGUCUGAACAAUUGCCAGUUGACAGAUUGACUGAAUUUUUUUUUUUUUUUUUUUUUUUUUUUUUUACGAUUGUCAACACGACCACACUUUUUUGUUCUCUGAUGCAAUUAAGACUCUUUCUUGCCAUGUACAACGAAGGCUUCGGACACCAGAGAGGGAUUUAAAAAUAACUUUUAUUCAUGGCUUAUUGGUACAUUUUUAUAGUGUUUUGGGGGACUCUGGGAACCAUGAAGUGAAGAAACUAUAUGAAGGACAAACAUUGACAUUGGACAUGGGAAAUGUAUUUUAUUGUUUAUGUUGUCGUAAGUUAAAUACGUGUGGAUGUGUGAGAUCGAGCGAGCGAGCGUGAAUCCAUUGUCAUCUUUAAAGGGCAUAACUUGUCACUGUGAGAUUUAUAUAAUCUAUGUGCAAUUACUUUAUUGCCAAAUCGACUGCUCCCAGGCAUGUCUGACUUUCAUUAUCAAUAUUUCUUUCUCUGUUCAUUCCUCGUAAAUGAGUUCAUUUCCUUUGUUUUGUUCUUAAAUUCCUUCCUUGUUUCUUUCUAACAGAAAUAGCUAGCCAAGAUGUUGCCGUAGUUAACACACUCAAUAUAUUUUGACCCUUUUGAUUAAAACAAGGUUUCAGUCUACCGCAGGGGUGUCAAACUCAUUUUAGGUCAUUACACACAAUCCAGUGUCCAAAAAAAGUAAACAAAAACAACAAAAAAAAAACACUCAGUUCCACAACACAGUGUCCAAUAAUACAUCAACUCCUCUUCGGUGUUUAUUUGGUCUAAUUUGCAUUUAUCUGUAAGCUACAAGUUGAUUCAACGUACACUAUCUGAGGUACAAAACGAAUGAACACAAUGCUGUUCCUUACCAAGAGAAAUCGGACAGAUUAGGGUUUAAUAUACAAUGUGUUGCAUAAGUAUUUACCCCCUUCCAGAAAUGGAUUAUCUGCCUAAUCGAAUAUCCUAAUCUAUCUAUCUAUCUAUCUAUCUAUCUAUCUAUCUAUCUAUCUAUCUAUCUAUCUAUCUAUCUAUCUAUCUAUCUAUCUAUCUAAUUAGGAUUAUUUGAUUGUUUUAAAUUUCACAUUUUUUCUCAAAUAAAUCAGUAGUUGCAAUUUUUGUGAGUUCAAAAUCCUGUUUUGCAAGACGGUUUCUACAAUAUGGUUUGAUCUUAAAACCCCUGAUUCUAAAAAAAAAAAAAAAAAAAAAAGUUUUGACACCCCUGCUCUCCAUCUGUGAUAGUGUAAAUCCACCAGUGUUUAAACGUGUUCGUCAAACGUACACCCUUUUCAAACUGAACUGUCUAAAGCUCUACAGAGUGUAACAUACUGAAGCGAUUACGUAACAUUACAUUGGAAGACACACAAGUUCGGUUAUCUUUGGACAGUGUUGCUAUCAGGACAAAACAUUCCCUCGUUACCAUUAUCACCCAGUAGCAAUACACACAAUCUGACACUGACAUCAGGUAUCAGUCUGACACUGUACUCAUACUCGUAAAUGUUAUGUCAAACAAACCCAAUGCUAACUUAAUGCAGCAUUAAAAAAAAAAGGAAAAAGGAAAAAGGAAGUCCUUUGACAAUUUAAUGGCAACAAUAAACUAUCUGAACUCACUGGCUGUUCCUUGUUAGUUCUAUGUUGUUUAAGUAUCACAGGUCAUAUUUUACUGAAACAUACUGAAAUGUUUAUUUUCCACUUUAACUCGGUGAUAGUGUUGUUUGGUUUUGUUUUAAAAAAAAAGUCUAAACGAAUGAACAAUAAAAAAAAUGUGUGUUCAGUAGUACUGAUCUCUCAAUUACUGCAACCAGUCUAGAAAACUAGUCGUGUUAUUAAAUAAGACUUCUUGUUGUAGUUAUUUCAGUACUUGCAAGUACAGAGAUGAGAGGACAAACCUGCCAUAUGCCUUUGUAAUAAAUUGUAUUAUAAAUAGAAAUAGUGUUAUUAAAAAGUAGCUCAUGAGGCUUAAUAUUC